AUGGAUUUUACGUGGGUAAACGAGGGUCAAAAUCCUCGUAAACAUCCGAAUUUACUGCAAAAAUCAUCCAACGCACCACCGCCAUUGUCAUCUGUCAGGCUAUCCAACGACAUGGAUACAAACAACCAGCCAGGUGCGCGUGUAUCGUUCAAUCAGUCAUUGGACUCUCCACUCAGAAGAUCGCGUGCGGAUACAAUGCCUACUCAAUCCUCCCCGUUUCCUUAUGCAAAUGACAUGUUCUCUGCUUCCAUGAGCCAUUUGAAUGAUAGCGUUGUGCAGAACACGAUGCUCCCACCGCCUCCUUCUGCUCAGCCUUCGUCUCGCCAUCGCUCUGGUUCCGUCACCUUGCCGCAGACUGCUGUCUACAAUGACACUCCCUUCAACACUGGGUAUAAUAAUCCGUAUGAUCCCUCAAGCCCCAUCGAUGAAAAUGCGUCCAACACAAUUGCGUCGACCCUCGCUUCUCUAGGUUUGGAUGACGAGAACAGCAGCGACUAUGGUACAGAGGAUCACAACAUGCCUGCUCGUGGUCGCUCCUAUACUGUUACAGGUCAGUUGGCGGGAAACGACAUGAACGCAAGAUUGGCAUUUAGCCCCUUCUCGCCACACACAAGAUCAAGCGUCUUGCAUCGUCCUCGAGCCAUCAGCUUGGGAAUGGCUGAUUCAUUCUCACCAUUUGACAUGUCUCAAGCAACAGCAUCGGCAGCAGCAGCAGCAGCAGCAGCUUCACCCGUAUCCUCUGUAUCCGCAUCAGUGACACCCAACUUAGCAAUGCCUUCAAAUCCUACUCGUCUAAGAAUGCAGCAAUCGGCCGAGACGCCUCUUCGGUCGUCUCGCAGUAGCAGUAAUCUGGUUGAUAUGAGCAUGGAUCAGCAUGUUUAUAGCAUGGAGGAUUAUUACGGACAGCCCGAUGGCGCUGACUCACCCACCUCUGCUCAAGCUCAAAUCCCAUCUCGUGCUCUAUGGCUAGGUAACAUCAAUCCUAGCAUCAGCGUUCCAGAUCUAGUGCAAUUGUUCUCCACAUAUGGACAAGUAGAAAGUGCCAGAAUCUUGUCGGAUAAAGAAUGUGCGUUUGUUAAUUUUACCAGCAAGGAAUCGGCUGUUGCAGCCAAGAACGAUCUAGAGACUCGAUUGGGCUCUAAACUAGGCGGUACACCUGUUCGUGUUGGCUUUGGUAAAGCUGAUGUCAAUUUAGCCAUGGCGCUUACCAACGAAGCUGGGCCUAAUGCUCAAGGACCUACUCGUGCUCUAUGGGUUGGUAAUAUUCCUGCCAAUAUGAAUCCAGCUAUCCUUCGUAGCAUAUUUCAAACAUUUGGUGCUAUUGAAUCUGUGCGAGUUUUGUCACACAAGAAUUGCGGCUUCAUCAAUUUCGAUCAUCAGGAAGACGCUGUUCGUGCUCGGAAAUCACUUCAGAACAAGGAGAUUCUUGGCCCUGGUACAGGUGCUGUCCGCAUCGGCUUUGCCAAAGUGCCCCCCAACAAUCCGGAUGAAGCCGAAGAAAUACCUGGUACAAGUGGGCACGUUACACCACCACUGGUACCAGCAUUGCCUACGAAAUCUAACGCAAAUGCCACGCCGAAUCAGCAGUCUACUGCUACUACAACAAUGCCUUCUACAUCUACCACGACGACGAAUGGAUCAGAAAACUAUCAGACGGCUCAAUGGGCCACCGCCAUGAUGAUGACCAACAUGAUGAUGAAUGCUUCGGGUCAACAGCAAACCACGCAGCCCAGUCUUUACACAGCAAUCGCAUCUGAAAGACACUUGAUUAUGCAGCAACUGGGUCAAGAGCCUUCUGAACAGAUGAAGGAAGAUCGAGUGCCUUUGACCUAUUUCUCUGUGAUUCCUGCUGUCCCUGAACUAGGUUCAGAUAGAAAGUUGGAGCCUCUUCGCUUGCGUGAAAUGAGAAAAAAGCUGGAAAAUGAUGAACAAUACUCGCUGGAAGAAGUAGAAACGGUAGCUGGCGAAUGCAUGGAGGAAGUCGUUGAAUUGUGUAGUGAUUAUAUUGGUAAUACUGUCAUCCAAAAACUAUUUGAGCAUUGCUCUGAGCAGACCAAAUUGAAGAUGUUGGAAAAGAUUGCACCCUUCCUUGCUUCCAUUGGCGUCCACAAGAAUGGUACCUGGGCUGCUCAAAAGAUCAUCGAUUAUGCCAACACACCUGAGCAGAUUCGUCUUGUGCGUCAACACAUUGCGCCCUAUGUUCCUCUACUCUUGUUGGAUCAGUUUGGCAACUACGUCGUGCAGUGCUGUUUGCGGAAGGGACCUGAGCAAAACCAAUACAUCUUUGAUGCCAUUGUCGAUAAAUGUUGGGAGAUUGGCCAAGGUCGAUUUGGUGCUCGUGCUGUGCGAGCCAUCCUUGAAAAUUCGAUUGUUACCAAAGAGCAGCGGGUCUACGUGGCUGCUGCUAUUGUACAGAAUACCGUUUUACUCACUACCAAUGCUAAUGGUGUAUUAUUACUCACUUGGUUUUUAGACACAUCCGAACUUCCAGGUCGUUACCGUGUAUUAUGCCCUCGCCUGUUACCCUAUUUAAACAAACUCUCUUCACACAAAUUGGGUUCCAUGACCGUUUAUAAAGUUGUCAACCAAACUGAAGAACCAAAUGCAUCUGCUCUGUUACUAAAUGCACUUUCAGAGAAAUCCAAAGGUGAUCUAGUCAACAACAAGAAAUGA